AUGCUGCGCAUAUCGGGGCGCAGAUGCAAACACAGCGUAAGCGCUGCUGGUAGCAAGUGGAAGAGCAGCGACAGCCCAGGGACAGAGUACAGAAAGAUAAACCUAAAAUGGGACGAAACAAAUAUAUCACUACACGUAUUUGACCUAGUUCCACGAAAUAAAAACAACGCAGAAAUACUGGAAAUGAAAAGUAUGAAUAUAAUAAAAGACAUGUCCAAGGCAAAUUACGAUUUUGCAAUUUUCGGAAUAGGUUAUGUAGACUAUGAUAAAAUUUUAAAAUCUUUCAACAGAGCUGAAUUGGUGAGGAGAAAAAUGAUAGACUCUGUUCAUGCUAAUAUGAAGAAAGUAAAUGGUCAGUAUGUUUCUCUCGUCCAACAAUGUCUCCUUUUGAAUGUCCCUCACUUCUGCCUGGGUAGAGAUAGGCUAACCGAAUUGGCUAGUAUCGGCACGGCUAUUUUUAGUAACCCCAAGGAAGUAUUUUCCCUCCUCUAUUACUUUCUCAUCAACAGUGAUAAGGCAGCUUCGGGCAACUCAGACGUACAUUCCCAUCGUGAUGCAUAUAAGAAAAACGACGUAGAAUUGAACCUAGAGAAUCAUGCGCCCAAUUUUUACCACGCUCUAAUUGCAGAAAAUGCUCUCUACCUAAUUUACAAUUUGCAUGCAAUUCUUCUGAAAGUAUUUAGGUCCAAAUUUUAUGUCCCCCCAAAUGAUAGCCAUCAGAAUAGAAGUAGCAAUAAGUACGAGACUAGCAAUUUAAAGAAACAAAGUCUUAAGGAGAGACUUCUUUCCUUCUUUAACGAAACAACGUAUGACCAAAUAAACGCAUUCAGAAAUCAAAUGAAAAAAACAGAGUUAUAUGCAGAGUAUGAAUUAGGGCUGGAAAAAAAAGAGGUCAAAAUUUUAGUCGUUUGUGAUACCAUAUGUGUAGAUUAUUUUUGCAAUUAUGUAAAGAAAAAUUUACACCUGUGGAAAAAUGUUACUCCCUUUUACCAUGAGAUAUUUGCACUAGAAAGGAAAAAUGCAUACAAGUUUUCCCUUUCUUUGUUUUUGUUCAUUGUUGCACCGGCUGCAUGGACAUUGACGCUGUUGCUAAGGUACUUGUAUCACCUGUGGGUUGAAUACUUCACCAAAGGGAAGGUCAUCACUGUUGGGGGGGAUGCAUUCUUCCAGGAUUCGAAAUUGAUAGAUACUAGCGACGAUAAUCCCGAUUUGGAUAAAAACUACAACCAACUGCUUACCUCCCUGCAUCAGGACAAGGCCCAGUUUGAGACCGUCAGCUUGCUCGGGGGCUUCUUGCAGUGGUUUAAGAAUAAGAGCCGCAAUUAG